CCGAUUGCGCCACGCAACAUAGAUCAGUAUCAUCUCACUAGGGUCUCGUUGGAGCGCACGUCGAAGGGGUCCCUAUCAGGAGUCCUCAUUUACCGUCAACACCGCCCCAUCCCCCCAGCAGGAGGCAUUCCUCACCAGUCACCAUCACAAAGCUUCUCGCCAACGCGGGGGUUUCCGCCAGGCAAGGUCUCGAUGUUUGAUCUCAAUGCCGAGACUGUCGAUGUUGAAUCCUAUGUGCACCAGAACCAGGGUCAACGACUUGGCACCAUGUUUGGGAACUUAGAGAAGUCUGCUGCAGGAGGUAUGUUUUACGCGUCCGACACUGGGGAGGAACGAGUGAACGAGGCGAUGCCAUAUAGUCGUUGCAAGGCGAGCAUCAGUCGGACACCAGCGACGUUUUGCAUCCAGACAAGGGCUCGGUGGGGAUGA